GUAGAACGUCACGACAACUCGCUUAGUGAAGCUCAUGGGAUCACAUUCUGAGCUAACAAAGACAAGCUCGCACCUUGAAUAGUGAUGAUUGUGUUCAGCAUACCCGGCCAACCCAGUUGACGUACACUGCGAUGGAUCCGAACUUGAGUGGUUCCAUGGCCAUACUCAUGGUCUGAUAGUUUUGCACACGGACCAUCUAAAUUCCCCGCUGUCAAUAAAACGUCCGCCACAUGUCCCGUUUCAUUCCAGACUUUCAUUUUCAGUACCAAGAUGGUGUCUUCUCCUCUCUUCCUAGGCUUUGACUUGUCCACUCAACAGCUAAAGGCAAUCGUGAUCGCGGAGGAUACCUCCAUCGUGCAUGAGAGCGCCGUGCAUUUCGAUCGCGACCUUCCCGCUUAUGGCACAACGAAUGGUGCAGUCAAUGGCCCAGAUGAAGGUGAGGUUACGAGCCCCGUGCUCAUGUGGCUCGAAGCUAUCGAUCUCGUCAUGCGGCGCGUCAAAAAUGCUGGUGUUGACGUCAGUGCUAUUGCUAGUAUAUCUGGUGCUGGACAACAACACGGUUCGGUGUACUGGUCCAAGGGGGCCGAGAAGGCCCUUGCUGCGAUGGAUCCCAAACGUUCUCUGGCUGACCUGGGCCAUCUCGCACCCUGUGCAUUUGCAUUGCCCAAUGCACCCAUCUGGCAGGACUCUUCGACAACCAAGGACUGCCGUGACCUUGAGGCUGCUGUCGGUGGUCCCCAUGUACUUGCAGAUCUUACGGGAAGCAGAGCCUAUGAGCGGUUCACAGGACCCCAAAUUGCCCGGAUCCGUCGCCUCAAACCCGCCGCCUACCGUGACUCUGCACGUAUAUCUCUUGUCUCGUCGUUCAUCCCUUCACUGUUCCUUGGGCAUAUCGCUCCGAUCGAGGUCUCUGAUGCGAGCGGGAUGAACCUAAUGAAUGUACUCACAUGUAAGUGGGAUGAUGCACUCCUUAAAGCAUGCGGCGGUCCCGAACUACGCGCUAAAAUUGGCCCUGAGCCUGUCGUCGGUGGCACCAUUCUUGGACGCAUCUCCAAGUGGUGGGUUGAGCGCUGGGGAUUCAACCCAGAUUGCAUAAUUGCACCGUUCACAGGUGAUAACCCUGCAACCGUCGUUUCCAUUUCAGCACCAGGUGAUGCAAUCCUGUCUCUAGGCACGAGCACAACACUUCUGUUGAGCAUUCCUCCUGCCAACUCGCCUCCCGCCCGUUUUACUACAUCGCACCUCCUCUCGCACCCUACAACUCUCGAUGCGCAGAUUGCGAUGCUUUGCUACAAGAAUGGUGCUCUUGCGCGAGAGCAGAUCCGCGACCGCUGUGCUGGCGCAGACUGGGUAAGGUACAACGAUAUCGUGGAGCAAUCACCGCAUGGUAACUCUGGGUUCAUGGGAUUCUACUUUCCCCUCCCCGAGAUCAUUCCUCCAGGAGUCCAGGGCGAAUUCAUGUUCCAGUGCAAAGAUGCUGAAGAACCACAACUAGUGCAUGGACUGCAGCCAGAUGCCCCACAGCAUGCACGCGCAAUCCUCGAGAGCCAAUUCCUCAGCAUCAAAUCUCGCAUUGCUGCUAUUCUUCCAGCGCAUUCACCCCCACUGCAGCGGCUGAUCAUCACUGGUGGUUCAUCGGCAAACCAGACGAUCCGGCAACUUGCCGCUGACGUGUUUGGGAUGCAUGUUUACGUUGCAGAGAGCAAAGAGGCUGCGGGGACGGGAGGCGCAAUGCUUGCGAAGUUUGCGUGGUGGAAGGCACAAGUUGGGGGCCCGAGUGGGAGCUUCGAGGGGAUGACAAUGGAAAUGGGUCAGGUGGAGAGGAUGAAAAUGGUUGCAACUCCGAAAGGUGAGGUGACCAAGGUGUAUGAUGGUCUCGUGGAUAAUUAUAGGCGAUGCGAGGAGCGGGUGGUACACCUAUAUGGGCAAGCGUGACGCAAGCCUUUCGCGGAUUUACAUCUACACAUGUACAGAGCAUCAUUAGACCAUACUAUAUCCUCACAUUGUUAUCAGUAAAUAUAUUGAUUUUUAUUAG